AUUCAUAUUGAAUUAAAGAUACAAAUUAUAAAAGACCUAGAAGCUGGUAAAUCACAAGAAGCUAUCGCAAAGAAGUAUAAAGUGAGAAAAACAACAGUUUUUUCUAUUUCUAAAAGAAAAGAUGAGUUUAGGAGGCUCAUAUUAAAAUAUCCCAUUCCUGCAUGUGGCAGAACACGACGUGCAUUAAAGAUGGGGGAUUUCUGCGAUAUUGAAGAACCUCUAUAUCGUUGGUAUCAGUUGCGACAUAACAAUAAUUUGCCAGUAUCUGGCUCCAGCCUAAAGGAAAAAGCCUUACAGCUAUAUAAAUCUACUUAUGCUGAUGGUACUCAACGCCCUUUCAUGGCUAGUAGAGGAUGGCUGAAUAAAUUUUGUCGACGCUAUGGAAUUAUAGAGAGUUCAUUACAGCCUAAUUCAUGGUAUAGAGAAACCCAAGAAAUAAAUCGGUUUAUUACAGAAGUGCAAGAGAUAAUUAAGAGUGACAGUUUUAGUAAACAACAAAUAUUUAGCGUAGAUGAGAAAAUUCUCCGUUGGAAAACGGUCGUUAGUCCCAACCCAACGGGUAUAUGUACUAACAAGAAUAACCCUAAAAUUUAUAGAAGAUCAAAAGCAAAAUUAACAUUAUUGGCGUGCACUAAUGCAUCUGGUACUUACAAAUUACCGUUAGCUGUCGUCGAUAAAAAUGGUAUGCCUUCAACAUUAGAUGAAGAGCAAGUCCUCACGCUUCCGGUGACUUACUACCGCGAUGAAGAUCUGCGAAUGUGUAAUGGCCUCUAUGAAAGUUGGUAUAACGACCAAUUUAAGCCACGCGUAAAACGAUUCUGCAAAGAAAACAAUUUUCCUAGUAAGGUUUUGUUACUUGUAAGGGAUACUCCAGCACAUAACUGCAUCACUAGCUCAAUCUCAGAUAGCGAAAAAUUUAUAGUUUUACGCAUUCCGUCGAAUAUUGCUUUUGCUUUACAGCCAAUGAAUCAGGGAAUUCUUACAUCGUUAGAAAGCCAUUAUCAAACUAAGUUGUAUGAUUAUGUCAUUCACAAAAGUUCAGAAAAAAAGAAGCUUAUACUAAAAAUUAUGUCAAAAUUGACCGUUAAAGAUGCGAUAUUCUGGCUGAGUGAUAGCUGGAAUGAAGUUAGUUCAAGCUUUUUGAGAAAAUGUUGGAAUCAUAUA